UGCGGGGGAAAUUGGAAAAAAAAAAAAGAAGUCCACAUCCUUAAUUUUCUAAAAAAAAAGAUAGGGGAUUAAUUGAAAGCUAGGUACAAAUUCAGGGGCAAAUCACCAAUUAACCCAAAAACAAAAGAGAGUGUAAUGGAGAAAAUGGGAGUAGGGAAAUCAGCUCCCUUUGUUAAUUAUUUUUUCAUUACCUUAAAGUGGAGAUUAACGAUGAUGACCGUGGUUUUUAAGUAUAGUUUUUCUUAAUUAGACAAUGAAGGUUAUGUGUCGUGGAAAUAUUCACCGCAAUAUACAGACAAUUGUGAUAUAUUUUUUUUUUUGGUUACAUUGGAGGAAAGAAACCCCACUGGGGUUCGAUCCUGGGUGCCAUGGGGGGAAGGGGGAAUCCACCACCACUGUGGUGGGAACCCAUUGGCACAAUUGUGAUAUAUUGAUAUGCAGUAUACUGCAAUUUGUUAGUUAGUUCACAAUUUAUCUUUAUAGUAUAUCGCAAUAUGUCAAUCAGUUCACAAUUUCAUUGAAAAGUUGCGGUAAUUGAACCGCCCUACACUCUCACCUAUGCAUUUACAACAAAAUCCUUAUCUUGUCUUUGAGUUCAAUUAUUCAAUGAACAUGAAAACUCAAAUCCAAUUCCUUAUUUAAUUGUUGCUUAAUUGUUUUAUCCAAAUGGACGGCCCAGUACUUUAUCUAAUUUCUUUAUUAGCUUAUUUCUUUUUCCGCACGGCCGAGGGUGCCACUUACCAAAAAAAAUAGAGAACGGUUCUUGGUCAGAAGGUCUGCACAAACAUGUCUUAAUCCUAUUCUUAUAAAUUGCCCAAGAAAGAAAAAAACAUUUGCAGUUCUGUCAACAUUAAAUGUGUAAUAAUGAUUGAAACAAAAAACCAAAAAAAGAGUAUCGGAAACGUCUACACCAUUAGUAGAGGACCAUAAGUUCAUUGCUAAAACGAAGGAAGGGAAGAAAAAGAGAGAGAAAAGCUGAAAGCAGAGGCAACAAUGGCAGCAAAGAUGAUAUUAUCAGUGUUGCUUGGUGGGUUUGUGGUACUGUUCUUAUACCUCUAUGAGUCUUUGGUUUUAAAGCCAAAGAGGCUGAGAUCAAAGCUUGAAAAGCAGGGGAUCAGAGGGCCUUCUCCUUCAUCAGUUCUCUUGGGAAAUAUCCCAGAAAUGAAGAGCAUCAAACUCAAGGUGAUGAAAAAGUCUGAAGAAGCAAGGAGUAGCAUCAAGUCGAAGGACCACCAUCUUUCUAUUGCUCAUGAUUGGCCUUCAACCAUCUUUCCUCAUCUGGUGCAGUGGACAAAUGAAUAUGGGCCAAUCUUCAUGUAUUCAACUGGAAGCAUACAGCUAGUAAGUGUUACAGAUAUAGAAAUGGCGAAGGAAGUUAGCCUGUGCACAUCUUUGAAGUUAGGGAAGCCUGCUUAUCUGUCUAAGGAUCGCAAGCCACUGUUAGGCCAAGGUAUUCUAGCUUCAAAUGGCCCAACUUGGUCUCACCAAAGGAAGAUUAUGGCUCCUGAAUUCUACUCUGAUAAGGUUAAGGGUAUGGUGACCUUGAUGGUGGACUCUACAACCUCAAUGUUAAGAUCUUGGGAGAGUAAAAUCGAAAGUGAGGGAGGAAUGGCAGUCUUUAGAGUUGACGAGGAUUUAAGAAGCUUGUCCGCAGAUAUAAUAUCAAGAACAUCAUUUGGAAGUGAUUAUUCACAAGGGAAAGAAAUUUUCUUAAAGCUCAGAACUCUUCAGAAAGUCAUGUCCCAGCUGGGGAACAUUGGGAUUCCUGGCUUAAGAUACUUGCCAACGAAAGCCAACAGAGAGAUGAGGAGAUUAGAGAAAGAGAUCCACUCAAUGAUAUUAAGGGUUGCAAACCAACGCAGUACCGAGGCUACUCAUGAGAAGGACCUUCUGCAAAUGAUACUCGAGGGAGCGAAAAAGUAUGAUGAUGCAGAUAGCCUAUUUUCUGCUGGUAUCUCCCAGGAAGAUUUCAUAGUGGAUAAUUGCAAAAACAUAUACUUUGCUGGCCAUGAGACCACUGCCAUCACAGCCUCCUGGAGCUUGAUGUUAUUAGCUGCAAAUCCGGAGUGGCAGGCUUGUGUUCGUGAUGAGGUGCUUGGAAUUUGCAGGGAUGGAAUUCCAGAUGCUGAUAUGCUUCGAAGCAUGAAAACAUUGAAUAUGGUAAUUCAAGAAACAUUGCGUCUGUACCCACCGGCAGUGUUUGUCAUAAGACAAGCCUUGGAAGAUAUUAAGCUCAAAGAUAUUCUACUUCCCAAAGGAAUGAAUAUUCAGAUUCCAAUCCCAAUACUGCAGCGGCUGCCUGAUCUAUGGGGCCCUGACGCCCUCGAUUUCAAUCCAAAAAGAUUUGAUAAUGGAGUUCUUGGGGCUUGCAAGUUUCCUCAGGCUUAUAUGCCAUUCGGAGUUGGUGCUCGUGUUUGUCUUGGCCAACACUUAGCCAUGACAGAAUUGAAGGUGAUUCUGUCUCUUAUUCUAUCCAAGUUUUCCUUCUCACUCUCACCUGCAUACCAACACUGCCCAGCUUUUAGGUUGGUUAUUGAACCUGAAAAUGGAGUAAAUCUCCAUGUGAGGAGAGUGUGACCUUUUUUUUAAAAGGUGUAAAAGAAUGUUGCAGAUGGUCGAUUUUUUUGGUAGGGAAUAAAGAGUUGGCAACUUUUACACCUGUGGUGGUUCACUGUGAACAUUGAAAGAAAAAAGGAAAGGUUAAGGGUUUUUUCUUUCUUCUUGCUUGUAAUCUAGAUGUAGGAUGCAAUGUGAGGAGGAUACAUUGUGGGAGAAUUACAGUUCUUAACUUAUUACAUUAUUUUGUUCU